GACAAGUACAUGGACGUCGCUUUCAGUGAAGAUCAACUCCUGCGGGUGCCACUGCUCCCAGAAGGCACAGAAUUCCAGACAGAAUGCAUCUAUCGAAAGGAUUUCCAUCAUCUUCUUCAACCUUUCUUUAAGAACGAGGAAGCGGCAAAGUUCCGUCAAAAGGUAGAAGACAAGAUGUCUGCGAUUGUGCUCAGCGGCAUCUUCGACAAAUGGUUUCAGAACGAGCUAGUUCCCGGCGCUGCUAAGAUGGCGGCGCAGCUGACGCCACUGGGCAUGCCCAUGGACGUUCGGGCGGAUGAGGCACCAGCGGAGUAUGCGGAAGUCCUGCGAUUACUCCGUGAAGCCGAAGAGAGCGGAAAGUGGCCUCCCUGCUCCAAGGGCAGGGAGAAGGUCAUCAAGGACUCCACCUUGACAGAGCAUGGAGGUGCUGGUGGCUCAUUCAGCGUCGGUUCCAUGCCGGAUGGUUUCGAU